AUGAGCAGCAACGACAAUGAAGAGCCCCAGUCGAACUCGCUGUCGGGCAUGCUGGCGACCCUCGCCCCGGUCGCCGUAGUCUCUGCAGUAUACCUCACCGUCUUCCUAGUCCUAAGAAGAAGCCAGAGACGCUACUAUGCUCCUCGGACCUAUCUCGGGAGCUUGCGGGAGAACGAGCGCUCGCCUCCGCUUCCCAGUGGCUUCUUUAACUGGGUAGGGGGCUACUGGAGGAUCCCCGACAUUUACGCGCUUCAGCACCAGUCCCUCGAUGCCUACCUCUACAUCCGUUACCUGCGCAUGGCCCUGGUCCUGUGCUUCGUCGGCGCCUGCAUCACCUGGCCCGUCCUGUUCCCUGUGAAUGCUACCGGCGGUGGCGGCCAGUCCCAGCUCGAUGUAUUGUCGUACGCCAACGUCAACCAGCAGACCGAGAGCAACCGCUACUACGCCCACGUCUUUGUCGCCUGGGUCUACUUCGGUUUCGUCAUGUACAUGAUCAUGCGCGAGUGCAUCUUCUACAUCAACCUGCGCCAGGCCUUCCUGCUGAGCCCCUUCUACUCCGAACGCAUCUCGUCCCGCACCGUGCUGUUCACCUCGGUGCCCGACCCUUAUCUGGACGAGGCGAGCUUGCGCAAGGUCUUUGGCGCCUCGGUCAAGAACAUCUGGAUUACGAGCAACACGGACGAGGUCGACAAGCUGGUCGAGGAGCGCGACAAGGUUGCCAUGCGCCUCGAGAAGGCCGAGGUCAAGCUGAUCAAGCUCGCCAACAAGGCACGCCAGGAGGCCAUCAAGAAGGGCGCGUCUGCCGACGAGGCCGACAAGGCGCCCAUCGUCGGUGACGCCGAGUCUGGCAGCAUCGCCGCCCGCUGGGUCCCCAACAAGAAGCGCCCCACCCAUCGUCUCGGACCCCUGGGCCUGAUCGGCCGAAAAGUCGACACCAUCAACUGGUGCCGCGCCGAGCUUGAGCGCCUCAUCCCCAAGGUUGACGCUGCUCAGGCCAAGUACCGCGACGGAGGCUACAAGAGGAUUCCUGGCGUCUUCAUCGAAUUCAGAACCCAGGCUGAUGCCGAGGGCGCCGCCCAGAUCCUCGCACAUCACCAGGGCUUCCACAUGACGCCCCGCUAUGUCGGUAUUCGGCCUGAUGAGAUUGUCUGGAAGUCCCUCGCCAUCCCUUGGUGGCAAAAGGUCAUCCGUCGCUACGCCGUGCUGGCUUUCAUCACCGCCAUGAUUCUGUUCUGGGCCAUUCCUGUCGCCUUCGUCGGUCUCAUCAGCAACAUCAACUACCUCGCCACUAUCAGCUUCCUCACCUGGAUCAAGCAGAUCCCGCCUGUUAUUCUCGGUGUCGUCACCGGCCUGUUGCCCUCAGUUAUGCUUGCAGUUCUGAUGUCGCUGGUCCCCAUUGUGAUUCGCUUGUGCGCAAAGUUUGCUGGAGAGCCGUCCGUUUCGAGAGUCGAGCUGUUCACGCAACAAGCCUAUUUCGCCUUCCAGGUUAUUCAGGUCUUCCUGGUCGCGACUCUGGCCUCGUCUGCCACGGCUGUUGCCAAGCAGAUCGUUGAUUCACCGACCAGCAUCCCGUCCAUCUUAUCCAGCAACCUGCCCAAGGCGUCCAACCUCUACAUAUCCUAUUUCAUCGUCCAGGGCCUGACCAUCGCCACCAGCGUGCUGACCCAGGUGUUUGGCUUUGUCAUUUUCACUCUGCUGUACAAGUUCCUGGCCAACACCCCUCGCGCCCUCUACACGAAAUGGUCCAACCUGAGCGCCAUCUCGUGGGGCAGCACCAUGCCGGUGUAUACCAACAUUGUGAUCAUUGCCAUCACCUAUUCCUGCAUCGCCCCGCUGAUGCUGGGCUGGGCCACCAUCGCCAUGUUCCUCUUCUACUUCGCCUGGCGCUACAACGUCUUCUUCGUGACCGACACGCGCAUCGAUACGCGCGGCCUGAUCUACCCCACGGCCAUCAAGCAGCUCUUCACGGGCCUGUACCUCGCCGAGAUCUGCAUGGUCGGCCUCUUUGCCGCGUCGGUCGCCAUCGGGCCCCUGGCGCUCAUGAUCGUCUGCCUUGUCUUCACCGUCCUCUUCCAUCUCUCGCUCAACUCGGCCCUCGACCCGCUGCUCUACAACCUGCCACUGACCCUGCUCGCCGAAGAGGAAAGCGUCCGGCUCCUCGACAUGGAGAAGGGUGCGCACGCCGCCGCCUCGUCCGCCGCGGUAGCCCACCACGACCUCGACGGCGACGGGCAGAUCGACCACACCGAGGCUGCCGUCUCGCACGCGCGCGAGGCCAGCAAGGUCACGGGCAAGGCGGGCAACAUCCUCACGCGGUUCCUCAAGCCGUGGAUUUAUGCGGACUAUGCGACGCUGCGCAACCUGGUGCCGCGCGGCGUCGAGGUCGGGCAGUACUCGGAUGAUGUUGUUAAUAACGCCUAUCACCCACCCUCGGUGACGAGCCAGACGCCGCUGCUAUGGAUUCCUGCGGAUGCGGCGGGGGUGUCGAAGCAGGAGGUGGCGCACACUAGCAAGGUCAUUCCGAUUACCGACGAGGGGUGCGAGUUGGAUGAGAAUGGGAAGCUGGUGUGGGAUCAUGAGAGGAGCAGGCCACCUGUUUGGGAGGAGAAGGUUUACUAUUAG